CGCCCUACUUAUUUAAAUGCUUUCUUAUAUCUCACGACGCCAUCGGGCGUUGUUCCUACUUACUAUUCUACUCCUCACAUGUCUCGCGGCGACUAAGAGCUCACGCGAGCAGAUACCCGUUGAACAGCUCUCAGCGUCAGAGAUAGAAGCCAAGUUGCAAGAAUGCCCUUUUGUCCAAGAACUGAACGCGCACAAACUUGCAACAAGCCCCGAAUCCACAGGCUUCACCUCUCAACUCUUCGCGGUGCUCUUCCCUGGCAGUCCAGCGGUAAAUGCUAUACUAGCGACAUUCUACAUAUCAGGACCACCCAAUUUCCUCCUCGCAUUAUGUCCUCCAAACAUCGAUCCUUCCUCGUUAUCGAUAAUGGUUGCGUUUGCGGUUGGUGGACUUCUCGGCGAUACUCUCUUUCAUCUUCUACCCGAGAUAUUCCUAGGUGAAGAUUCCCCCGAACAUGCCCGCUUUGUCCUCGUCGAACCAAAUAGAAACAUUCUCCUUGGUCUUGCUAUCCUCGUAGGGUUCUUGACAUUCGUGGCCAUGGACAAGGGGCUCCGUAUCGCUACCGGGGGAGAGGAUGGACAUGAUCAUAGCCACAGCCAUAGCCAUGCAGUGGAAGAUAGUAUGGCAAUAUCCUCUAGCUCCGCAACCUCCAAUAUGGAGAACAAAGGCGAGCUGAAGAAGCGCAAGCCAAACACCAAACCUGAGGCAAACAGUUUGUCGGAGACCGACGGGAAGGAAAUAAACCCGAGCACAAAGCUAAGUGGAUAUCUCAACCUAAUCGCGGACUUCACUCAUAAUAUUACCGACGGGCUCGCCAUGUCCUCAUCUUUCUACGCCUCCCCAACCAUCGGCGCAACAACGACUGUGGCAGUUUUCUUUCAUGAAAUCCCCCAUGAGGUCGGCGACUUUGCACUACUGAUCCAAUCUGGCUUUUCCAAGCGGAAGGCAAUGGGUGCCCAAUUCCUCACUGCCAUUGGAGCGUUCCUAGGAACCUUCAUUGGAAUCGCGGUUCAAGAGUUUGGCAACAACAGCGAAGUAGGAGACUUCUCGGAUUCUGGGGCGAGGGCGUUGCAAACAGGCCUUCUUGGCACGAGUUUGACAAUGAAAGAUAUGCUUCUUCCGUUCACUGCGGGAACGUUUUUGUAUGUGGGCACUGUUGCAGUUAUUCCUGAGCUAUUGGAGACGGGCAGGGAUAAAGGGCAUGAGUUGAGCAAGGCAGUUAAACAAUUUAUUGCAAUGGCAGCUGGGGCGGGAAUUAUGCUUUGCAUAUCGUGGGCUUGAUUGAGGCAUCGUUGGAGUGAAUAUGACCAACAGGAAUAAGAAGAGCUUGAGUAACUCGGUCAAUGACUCAGUAACGUUUCCUCGCAGCAGUUUGGACACACUUUUUCUUUAGAAAUACAUUCCCAGAUCCCGAAUGUACAGCCAAAUGAUUAACAAAUCAUUUGAAUUUGGAGUUCGAUGAAUACUUUGACCUCGUGAAACGAGGAACGAAAGGGUGCUUUUGGUACUUCUUCAAAGCUGUCUUUUUUUUGUGUAGAUCACUAUUUAAAUAUAAAAAUGCCUCAAUUAUAUAUAGUUACACCAUCUUCACCGCGUUCACCUCACCCACCUUGUGUCACAACAUUAACACCACGAUCACGUUAGUAUCUAAUAACGACAUAACAACAUAAUUCUUGCUGAGGACGCCUACAUAAACUACGAAGGCCCUAUGUACUCUAUCUCUUUCUUGGUGCGCAUAUAAGUUAUGGCGGGUUGGAUGGUUGGAGAUAAUCAUGUUGUUACGGCAGAACUUUUUUUUGAGAAAUAUACGUAGUAACGACACAG